CUCUUCAUCAUUGACCACAACCAGGUGGACUGGCGCAUCGCCAUGACAAGCCGCAGGGUGCUGGGCAUCUCCCUGGAACUGCUGGUCUGUGCCAUCCACCCUGUGGGCACCUACUGGGAGGUGGGCGUCCCCGCGCCCAUCGCCAGGGAGGGGGUAGAGGUCAACUCGUCCAACUCGGCGCCGCUGUGUGUGUCCUCCCGCCACGGGGAGGCGCUGUUGGACACAGAGCUGCUGCUGUCGGUGCUGAUGUUCCUCAGGCUGUACCUGGUCCACAGGACGAUCCUACUGCACAGCAAGGUGCUGCUCAGUGCCUCCUAUAGGAGUAUCGGCUCGCUCAACAACAUCAACUUCACGUUCCGCUUCGUGCUCAAGGUGCUGAUGAACAAGUACCCAGCGCGCACGCUGAUGGGUUUCAUCUUCUUGUUCUGGCUCAUCGCCUCCUGGAUGCUCACGCUGUGUGAGAGGUAGGGAGGAGGGGUGCGCACAUGCAGGCACACACACACACUCAUGCUCACACUCAUGCUCACACGCGCACACACACACACACACACACACACACACACACACACACAACUCAUGCAUGACUCACGCACACUCUCCUGUUUGAGAUACACAGGCACAGGCGUCUGUGUGAUAAACAGGAAAAGGGGACACACAGUGAGAGAAGAAAACAGUUUGCCAAAAUUCUAAAUAUAACACAUUACUACUGCCAGCACAGAAACAUGCACACACACACACACACCCCUACACAGUUUAUUACAAACAGACUGGGGCAAUCAAUUGCUCACUCUACUUCAAAUAUUGAUGGUCAAUUUGAGUUCCCCAUUCGGAAAGUCUAAUAACAGAUUCAAUGUUGAUCGUUUUCUGUUGAAUUACUCUGACAAAUUUCUCUUCAUUGUGAGCCAACACAUACCAUCCUAGGCCUCUGAAGUCUGCUCGUGACCAAUGUGAGGUCAUUUGUUUAGGCUGAACCUACAAUGGGAUAGGAUUCUUAGAUCUCAGUUACAUAGAGAAAAUCAAACGUGUUAAUUUAUCAAGCUGCAUGUUAAACAAACUGCGACGUUUUGGUUAUAUGAUCUGAUGAUUGACAGAUUGUAAGACUUCUGAGUAACACCUGACAGGUAUAAUGCAUCAUAACUUCCCUGUAGUCAAUAGAAGACUUGAGAUGAACACUGAAUUGGAAUGGUCUUGAAAAAGAUUCUGAGAAAACAACAACUUAGAAAAGUCAACCCAUUUUUGAGGCAGUUUCACCAUCUGUCCAGACAAUUCAACUUCCAUGUUCUCUUUCCUGGAAUUGAAACAGAAACAGGACCUUCCCUGACCCCACAGCCACUGAUAGAUAAAUAGAUAAUCACAGUCUAACUGUUACUAGAACGCUUGGAUCUUUGGGUGCCCAUAAAGAUUCUAAAUCUCAAACCAGAUUUGCCAACUUAAUAUAUCUCUGGUUUUGUCUUACCCAUUGGUCUGAUCUUGUUAUUAAUGCAAUAUGUCUAUAUAAUAUCUAUAAAAUCUAUGAAUAUCUUCAUGUAAGACAUAUGUAUCUAUGUAUGUAGUGAGUGACCCCAGGGUGUGUUGCCCUCUACAGGCAGACACAGGAGGAGACUGGUCGUAUGGACACGGCUCUCUGGCUCAUUGCCAUCACCUUCCUCACCGUGGGAUACGGGGACGUGUCCCCCAAAACCAGCUGUGGCAAAGUGGUGUGCCUCUUCACCGGAGUCAUGGUAACUAUAUGGGGUGGGGGGAAUGGAGGGAUAGGGGAAAUAACGUUUCUAGCCUGAGUGUCAAAGCAUGAUAAAGCCUGUAUGUUAAAGGUUACAAUGGCUUUUUAAAGCAGACCAUUACUGUAAAGUAGGCAGGCUAAAUAACAUACUGUGCAUGUACUGUACAUGGCUUCAUGUCUCUGCAGGUGUACAGAUGUAUGAUCUAAAUUUGAGCCAGUUUGCUACAGCAGGGAAAUAAUCCUGCAGCAACAGGAAAUGUGAAUUACUAUAUGGACUAUAAUUAAUUAAUAUUUUUGUAGGGUUGAUACUGCGAUGGGUGAUUUGAAGGAGUC